GGAAAAAAGCAGGUUCCUCACUUUCAAUGCACACUAUUCCACCCGCUAUUUGGCAUUUUCUGGGGAGCCAACCAACCUUCUCUCUAUCUGGGCUGUUUCUGAGCUCCUCUGCAUCAUCGAAAAAAGGGAUCUCUCUUGAGAGAUAGAGAAGAGAAAAAGGUGAGAGAGAGAUUAGUUUUGGGAAAGUCAGAAUCUGAGCCUGGACUGUCUUACUUGAACACGUAACAAGAGUCUUAUACUUGGAUCAAUCACCUUUCCGUCAACUCACAAAUCUUCAUUUCAUCCCCCUGUUUUAUAGUCCGCCAUAUAUGGAUCCUGGGAACCAAAAGAAGAAGAGAAAAGAUAUGGGUCCCCCAUCAAAAACAAGAAGCUUAAUCAGCAAUUCUCCGCCCCUAAAAAGAAGAAGGUUACUCAACAUGGAUUCUGUUUCUACUCAAGGGGCCUCUUCUUCCUCUUCUCCUUCUUCCUCCCAUUCAUUGACAUACGAUGUGUUCUUGAGUAUUAGAAGUGAGGAUAGAGGCAGCAAAUUCGCCCGCAAAUUACACAGAAAUCUGGUUGGGAAGGGGAUGAGCACCUUCAAUCAUCGCAUUCAGGAUCCAGAGGGACACGCAAAAGCAAUUGAAGAAUCAAGUAGUUUUAUUGUCCUGCUCUCUAAAAAGUAUGCUUACUCGGAGAGUUGUUUAGAUGAACUUGUUCAUAUCCUUGAGUGCAAGAAAUCUAAGCAACAACUGGUUUGGCCAAUAUUUUACAAGGUAGAAGACCCCUUCGAGGUAGAACACCAGAUCGGAAGUUUUGGUGAAGCACUAGCAAAACAUGGCAACUUCAAGAAUAACAGGGAGAAGGUGUCGAGAUGGACAAGAGCGCUGUCGGAAGUUGCACAUCUAUCUGGGUGGACUUUCACAAGUGGUUCGAGAGGAUACAUGCAAGAUUGGCUGUCCCACUGUUUGUACGGCUGCUGAAAUUACAGAGUAAAUCUCAGUAGCUGAUGUCAUGUGUGGAUAGAGUAACUCCAUUUGUUGAAAUCUAGUUUAUGUAUUGCAUCUACUGCUGCCUUCUUAGAAGAUGAGCCAGUUUCGAGUCUUUAUAUAUGGCAGCGUUGUGGUGGUGCCUCACAAGCUGCAUGGUGCACCUAAUAAUGCCAUGACAACAGGACGCAAACCUCUCUACAGAGGUAGCGGUUCGUGAUCGAAUAUAGCGUCUUGUCAGAAAGGUUUGGUGAUUGGUCAAUCAGCAGUCAUGAAAGAUGAUGAUGAAGACCUUGAAAGUGGAAAACCAGUUGCAUUCCCUUCAGAGAAUAAUCUCAAAGUUAUUUUCUAGUCCUAGUUGUGAUGACGAAAGUUUCCUGCUGCCUUCCAUUCUUGGUGACUCGCAUGGCAAUCCUGACCGUCUUGGCUUCUGGAUGCUUGUUCUGAUGGAUGAAUUAUUACUCACUUUACUGAUUCAGGGAUGCUUGUUGCUCAAUCUUCUUGGCUCUUGCUAUGUCUUCGACUUACUCGCUAUAGAUUUUGUCUUUCUAAUUUGAUCAGCUGCAUUUGUUUUUGUUUUUGUUUAAAACUGCAUGUUUAUAGUUCUCUUCAACAGAGAUGCAUUAAUUUACCCUUUGCAAUACACCAUCUCCCCACGGCCAUAAGAACAAUGGUUGAGAAAGUUUUGUGUUCUUGCUACUCAUAAAAGAAAUUGAAGUUUCUAUUGCUCUA